CCCUCUGUCUCCCCCCACCCAUCCAACUACCUCUCCAUUCCCCCACCUGCCUCUCUCCCUCUCUUGCCAUCCUCCCGCUGUCACCCUCUCUCCUGUUUCCUGUCUCUUUUCUCUCCAAAUCCUUUCGAUGUCAGACCACAACCCUAAAGAACCUAACAUUAACACCCUUAGCAUCGACCUCACCGAACUCAUCCUCUCUUCCCUUCCCAUCCCCUCCCUCCUCCGCGCUUCCUCUGUUUGCAAACUUUGGCACUCUCUCAUUUCCUCCCCGUCUUUUACCUCCCCUUCCCUUUCCCAUCCUUGGUUCUUUCUCUUCGGUCUCCACAACACUUCUUCCAAAAACAACCAAUCCUUUGCUUUUGAUCCUUUAUCCAACACCUGGUUUCGUCUCCCUCACCUCGACGACUCCUCUUCGUCGUCUCUUCUGGGCUCCAAUGGCUUCUUUUUCACCACUACUCCGAAAUUCAGCUACACCCCAGUCCUCAAAACGACCUGGCGUUUGACCUCUCCCUUGAAGUACUCCAGGAUCAACCCUCUUGUAGGUGUCUUCCUUGAUGGUUCCUCCGGUGGGUACGGCUUCAAAUUCAUCGUUGUUGGUGGGGUCAGGUUCAUCGGUGGCCUGGUCGAUAUCGAAGACAGGUUGGCAGUUGAAAUAUACGAUCCAAAUCACGAUUCUUGGGAACUCUGCCCUGCUUUGCCAGUUGAUUUCAGGAAUGGAAACUCCAGCCAAUCUCUGUCAUCAGCUUUAUUCAAAGGCAAAUUCUAUGUCUUUGGGAUCUAUUCCUGCUUCGUCUCUUCUUUCGAUUUACAAAACCACGUGUGGAGCGAGGUUCAAACUCUCAGGCCACCUGGGGUCAUCUUUUCUUUCCUGAUUUCUUGCAAUGAGAUGCUUGUUUUGGCUGGGAUGUGCAAUGCGCCACGUGGGCCGUCGUUUAAUCUCUGGAAAAUCGAUGAGAGGACAAUGGAAUUCAGCGAGAUUGCGAUCAUGCCGCAGAGCUUGUUGUAUAGUUUAGUCGAUAGCGAGGAAGAUGACAAAUUUGCAAGCUUGAAAUGCGUGGGAAUGGGUAAUCUCAUUUAUGUUUUCAAUGAAGAGUAUCACCAAAAGUACCCAGCUUGUCUCUGUGAAGUCAGUGCUGAAAAUGGAAAGUGCAGUUGGAGGAGAGUACCUCAGUUGCCCUCACCUGUUAACAAGUUCCAUAAAGUCAUUAGCUUCUGUUCAACAGUUUCUCUGAAUCAUAUUUUUCGCCAACAAGAGGACGUUGGACCGCCACAAGCUAUGUAUCACUGACUCAUUUGCCCAAUCACUUGGACCUGAUUCGCUUGCUUGACACCAUCGCUGAUAACAGAUUUGCAAUAAUCCAAUAAAUGGUGGCUGGCGAAUUACAUCAUACUUUUAUACAGAGAUGAGUACAUAGUUUCUACCACUGUACUGUACGAUUCUUCAUGUGUCAGUCCUUGCAUAUGUGUAUGUAUUAUUUUAUGAGCUACAUUUUCAAAGUCUCACAAGGAGGCAAGGUCACAAGUUUCCAUGGUUGCUGAAGUUUUUUUUCCUUUGAUUGAUCCUCUCUCUUCAGUUGAUUGUGUUGGUGUCUGUAUAUUGAAGAAGUUGUUCUGAAAGCGUUUCUUUUUCUUUUCUUUUCAGAACUUCAAAUGUGAAUUCGUAUUAACUGAUGCAAUGAAUUUUAUCAAGUAAUGCUUCAGCUCGAA